UAACCUUAGCCGGAAUGAAUCAUAUAGACGAAGAUGGUCCUUAGUUGCAGGGCAGUGUGCCUUAUAUGUACUGUACCUCUUUAUUAAUUUGCGUUUGCAUGUUCUAAACAAAUUUGAACUCGCGCGGUGGCUGCUCAAAUUCAACAGACACAUCCAUCUCAUCCUCACCUCAGUAUCAUAAGAAUAAUAAGCACUUGUCACUGUUACAAAAGGAACUUCAUUUACCAGCUUCGCUUUCGAAUUUCAAUUUCCAGGAAGAAGAAAAAGAUGGUGAUUGAGGAGGGCGAGAUGAAGUCCCAAGGUGAGGUGGAAUCAUGGCUCCAGCAAGAAGCGAAGAAGAACCACCAUUCUCCAUUAUUCUCAUCUUCUUCAUAUCUGGGAAGACAAACAUCAUCGAUAUACUCUCUCACACUGGACGAGUUCCAGCACAGUCUAUGCGAGAGCGGCAAGAACUUCGGCUCCAUGAACAUGGACGAGUUCCUCAGCAGCAUCUGGAACGCUGAAGAGAACAGCCAAGCCAUCACCAACAACAACGUCCCUCUGUCGUCGACCCUAACAAUAUUAAGGAAACAGCCAAGCCUCCCUCGCCAACCCUCACUGUCCCUCCCUGCUCCUCUUUGUAGGAAAACCGUUGACGAGGUUUGGUCCCAGAUUCAAAAAGAACAAAACAAGAACAACAACAUUAGCAAUGUUCUUAAUGAUAAUACCGAGUCUGCCCCUCGCCAACCCACUUUUGGUGAGAUGACUUUGGAGGAUUUUUUGGUUAAGGCCGGUGUAGUUCGGGAAACAACGUGUGCACCGCCACUACCGGUGUCUCACUCUCAUCAGCCGCAUUACGCGAAUAAUAACAACAACGUUGCAAUGGCUCCUUCUUUUGUUGGUAGGCAUGUUGGUGCAGUGAGUAACGUGGUUGCACCGGGUUAUCAACAAGUUGUUGGGGAGGCUUCUGGUGGGUAUGGUAAGAGGGAUCAUAAUGGUGGUGGGUAUCAUUGUUUUGGAGGUGGUGGUGGUGGGUAUGGGGUGGGGCCCACAAUGGGAAUGGGUGGGCCUGUGAGUCCGGCUAAUUCGUCUGAUGGGAUAGGGAAUGAUGGAGGGCAGUUUGGGCUUGACAUGGGGGGUUUGAGAGGGAGAAAGAGGGUGGUGGAUGGUCCUGUGGAAAAGGUGGUGGAGAGAAGGCAGAGGAGGAUGAUCAAGAAUAGAGAGUCAGCUGCCAGAUCUAGAGCCAGAAAACAGGCAUACACAGUGGAAUUAGAAGCAGAACUAAACCAGUUAAGAGAAGAGAACUCCCAACUGAAACAGGCGCUGGCCGAGCUCGAGAGGGGAAGAAAACAACAGUGUUUUGAGGAAGUGAACGUUAGUGUUAAAACCAAAGCUCAGAAAGCAAAAGAGAAACUGAGAGCUUUGAGAAGGAACAUGAGUUGUCCUUUGUGAAGAAACUGCACGGUAAUGGUAGCAGUGAAAUACUUGGAUUUUAGUACGCACAACAAGAGUUUGUUGUGAUGCAUCUACUACUUGUGUGGCUAAACGAAGAAAUAGUCAUGACACAAAUCAAGAGGGGAGAAGAAAACUAAAGAACUACUCAAGUCAAAGCCGGUUGAAGAAACAGAGAAACAAAAGGUCGGAGUUAUGAAAUUUAAUUAUAAAGCCAAGCUGCAAGAGUCCUCAAGUUCAAGAUCAACGAAGGAUUAGAUCAUCCAAUUUGGAAACUUCUUUAUCAUAUGAUAACUAGUUACUCAAAUGUACAACAUAGUUAUUGUAUUGUUGAUGACAUUUCAUCUUGUUUACGCUUACCAGUUACCACACCCUUGUUUAGUUACUGAUUUGAUCGUUGGUCGGCACUAUUGCCAGAUAUAAGUAAUUAAUUACCAGAAUCAAUCUAAUUAUUUAUGAAA